UCGAGCAAGGGAGGAGGAGAAGAGGGAGAGAGAGGAAGAGGGAGGAGGAGGAGGAGGAGAAGAGGGAGAGAGAGGAAGAGGGAGGAGGAGGAGGAGGAGGAGAAUCGUCUGGCUGCCUGCAGCAAGGACAACCGAGAGGAGGGUGGAGGUGUAGAGACGUGCGAGGUUGAACGGGUGGUCACGUGGUUGGUUGGAGGACGAGAGAAAUUUGUAAGUAGGGAUCUGAGACGAGGCGGAUCAAUGAAAGCCGCGAAGAGUUUAAGUACGUGUGGAUUGAGUGGAUGAUUGAGCGCUUCGGUGAGGUAAACACGGGGAGUCGGGAUGGGAUCAGAUGAUGACGAUUACACAAGGUGAGGAGGAGACAAGUGCAAGAGCUGGAACUGGAAAGAGGAGAGGAGGGGGAGGGAAGGCGAGGAGAAGAGGUAUACCGGGACUGCGAGAAAGAGAAACGACAGUGAGCAGAGGUGGAAGCAGCUCUUGCACUUAUGAAAGUGACCAAGGGAUCAAAAUCGGACGGCACACAGACGACGGUAGGAUGAUCCUCUGUUCCUCGUGAAGCAAACGUUUGGAGGAUCCUCUGUUCCUCGUGUAGCAAAAAAACGUGCCCUGGUCACGACUGGCGCUCCUCGAAGAGACCGGAAGAGGGGCAGAGGGGGUGCAAGCGUGAGGCAUGUUAGACCGGAGGAAGACAGCGCCAGCCCAGAACAUGCACAGACGCGGAGGAAGGGGAUAGACGAAGAGGAGGGGGAAGAUGGGAAUGUCGUCAACACCAAGUCUUCGGCAUAAGCCCAAAUAGUCCCUCGUCGAACUGUCUGAAUCCCAAAUGUCCAGUCUGGAUCCAAUGUCGUCAAGUCUCAAGUCACAACUCUGUCUCUCUCUGUCAUAGUCUGAGAAGUCAGGUGGCGAGAGGGUGAGAAGAGAAGGNCUCUCUCUCUCUCUCUCUCUCUCUCUCUCUCUCUCUCUCUCUCUCUCCAGCUACCUGUGUAUCUGUCGACGUAACUGCCAAAUCUAUCUAUCUAUUUGUCUACCUGUUUGCCAAAUCUAUCUAUCUAUCUAUGUAUCUAUCUAUCUAUAUCUAUCUAUCUAUCUAUCUAUCUAGCUAGCUAGCUAGCUAGCUAUCGAUUAUGUAUCUAUCGGCCAGAUACUUCUUUCUUAGCCGUUGUAAAUAAGGUCAAUAAUCCAUCAGUGAUUCGUUCGUCGACUCGUAUAUUAUUCAUUUAUCCUCCUCUCCGAUUGGUCAAUCUACGGCUGUCGUUGCACACUGCGCGCCUGACGAUGCAAUACGACUCGCACUGAUCGCCACGUGUCGAACUGGGUGCGUGUCCAAGUUGAUUGAUCCGUCGGAAGAUACACGACUCUCCACCGCGGCAACCUCUGAUCCGGUUGUCCAGCUGGAAGAAAUCGUACUAUGAAUAAUAUCUUAUUCUAAUUUGAUUGUUUGAUUGUGUCGAAUAAUUAACUUGAUUGUUUAUUUUCUCAUUUUUGUAGAAGAUCCUCAAUACCCUCGCUCUUCUGACCUCAUUCUGCCUGAUCUUCUCCCUCCCUUCCCUGGGUCGUCGUCUCCUGCCUCCUUCCUGCUCCUGCGUGCUUGAUUGGGGGGGGAGAGAGAGAGACACAGAGAGAGAGAGAGAGAGAGAGAGAGAGAGAGAGAGAGAGAGAGAGAGAGAGAGAGAGAGAGGUAGGUGAGUUUCUCAGGCAGAAUGGCGUCGACUUUGAGGGCUGUCACAGCGGCCGCGGCGGCGGUGCCGCUCGUUGGACGUAGUCGCUCUGUUUCUGUUUGUGCGACAGAAGCGGUUUCCAGCGCAUCCUCGCGCAGCAGCGGCGGCGCAGCGAGCUCCUGUAGCGGCAGCAGUGUCGCACGCGUGAGCGGCGAUCGGCUCCUCGAGGUCGGUUCCCAGGGGGGCUGCGGAAGGCGGCGCUGUGGUCGGCGGGUCGUUCAAAUCGUUGCAGUUGUGGGACGGGGAGACGUGUCGACGUCGCACUGGUUGGGAUCCCGGCGAGUAACCGAUUGCGCGGUGAUAGGCCACGAACGGACAUCCGACGUCUUCCUGACGGGAUCAAGACGGUGUCACACGCAACGGUAUCGGGCGAUGGACCGCGGGCGGCGCGGAGGCGGGGUACUGGGGGGGGAAGCGGUGCGCCGGCGCGGGCGCAUGACAACGGGAGCUGUCGCAGCGCCGCCGGACCGGAAGCAGUCCAUCGCCGCAGAGAAGCGCAAUCCGCGUCAGGCAAUGCAGGUGGAGAUGACGACGAGACCAGGGGGGGGAGGGGGGGGAGGUGGAGGAGGGAACGGAGCCGCAGUAAGGCCUGCAGAGGAGCUCAUUGACAUCGAGAUUUUGAAGCGCGAGUGUGUCGCGUCCUCUACGGCCGAUGCAAGUGAUUGGUCCAGUGGAUGGCCUGGGGGGGAGGUGGCGCUCAAGGGCUGGGUUGAUAUGUUGGACCUGAAUAAUCCAGAUUCGGGCGACAUUCUGUUGGAGUACGAUCCAAUGCGACUUGCUGAAGUUAUGGCAGAGAGACCAGCUCAGACCACUACCAGAGCUCUGACAAUCAUGACCCAAUUGAUCAGCUUUGCCAGCCGUCUGCUUGUUGACAAGCAGACAGGCAACCUGGAGCGCAAUACGAAACGACGAGCCCGGGAACUACGACAGAUGCUGACAUCUCUCGGUCCAUCCUUUGUUAAGGUGGGGCAAUCUCUCUCGGCGCGGCCGGAUAUCUGUCCACCAGCCUAUCUUGAGCAGUUCGCCUUGCUUCAGGAUCGUCUGCCCAGUUUCCCCACGCCGAUUGCGCUUGCGUUGAUAGAAGAGGAACUCAAAGUGAAGGUGGAAGAUAUCUUCUCAGAGAUCUCUCCGGAACCCGUUGCUGCCGCCAGUCUUGGUCAGGUUUAUAAAGGUCGCCUUCGAUCAAAUGGGGCCUUAGUGGCAAUCAAGGUCCAACGUCCUGGGAUUGGUGAGAGCAUAGCGAUGGACAUGUUCCUUGUCAGAAAAGCAGCAGCUUGGAUCGAUGCCAACCUGGACUUAGUCACCACAUCAGUCGUUCCGCUUGUCGACGAAUUUGCAAGGAGAUUGUUUGGGGAAUUGGACUACAUACAGGAAGGCCAUCAUGCAGAGAAGUUCGACAAACUGUAUGGAAUGCUCCCCAGGGUGCGAAUCCCCAAGGUAUACUGGGAUUAUACCAUGCGAAGGGUCCUGGUCAUGGAGUGGAUUGACGGGGUGAAAUUGACCGAUGAGCAAGGUUUAAUGAACUAUGGUCUGGACGUGACCGACUUCGUGGAUGUGGGAGUCGACUGCACGCUGCGGCAGUUGUUGGAACAUGGGUAUUUUCACGCCGACCCUCAUCCAGGUAACUUGCUGGCCACUGCCGAAGGUGAUCUUGUGUACUUAGACUUUGGCAUGAUGAGUGAGGCGCCGCAGUCGGCUAGAUACGCAAUCAUCGAACAUGUUGUGCACUUGGUCAAUCGAGACUAUGAAGCUAUGGCAAAAGAUUACUACAAGCUUGAUUUCCUUGAGCCUACAGUUGACACAUCACCCAUAGUGCCUGCAUUGGCUGGGUUUUUCGACACUGUUUUGGACAAGAGUGUCGCCGAGCUCAACUUUAAGUCCAUUAUUGAUGGCCUUGGCGCCGUGUUGUACCAAUUCCCAUUCAAUGUGCCAGCUUAUUACGCCCUGAUUCUAAGAUCACUGAGCGUGCUUGAGGGCAUGGCAAUGUAUUCUGACCCCCACUACAAGCUUCUGGCAAAGGCCUACCCUUACAUGGCAAAACGACUGCUCACCGAUGCUUCGCCAGAGCUCCGGUCGGCUCUGGAGGACCUCUUGCUGAAAGAUGGGACUUUUCGAUGGAACCGCCUUGAGAAUCUGAUGGUAGAGGGAAGGAAACAGAGAGACUUUGAUGAUUCCCAGCUAUGGCUUCUCCUGCAGUGGCUCGUCUCUGAUCAGGCGGAAUCCGUUCGCCAGUCGCUUUCAAAAGAGCUUGUCAGGAUGAUUGAUGCUGUUGGAGUGACCACAGCUCGCACCGUGGGAGCAUCUGUCGUUGGGAGGAUGGGGAUGUCUGAAGAGGACGCAUCGUCUUUGUUCGAACGCCUCUUCCCGAUCCGACCCAAUGAUGCUGAAGCCUACGACAGGGCAACCAAGCUCGGGACCGCUCUUAUCAGCAGGAACCUCCCGGCAAAUAUCACCAACCCCGCAGAACUUCUCGCAGGGCGCAAUACCGUCGAGCUGGCCCGAGAUGUGAUCGUCAGGGUCCCAGAAGUGGUGUCCACAGUCCGGCAGCAGCUCGAUAAAGCCGUGCCAGAAAUUCAGAAAUUGGCAGAGGCACCGGGGACUGGCCAAAUCAUUGUUGACGUCAGCAGAGGAGUUUUGACAAGGAUGGCGGCUAGGCUUGUGCGCGCAGCUUUUCUUCAAGAGGAACAGAGUGUCCGUGCAUGACUUUGACUUGCAGGCAAGCAUCCUAACAAAGAACAAGAUGGGGGAAGUAUGAUUCUGUAUGAAUAGACAAAAAAAACACCAAAGGUAGACUCAAUUUGAUAAUAGGCAUCUGUGAAUAUAUAUAGAAGUUUGUUGUAAGAAAAAGUUCCAUGAACUACGUAGUAUAGUCGAAUGUAUUAUUUGAUUGAAGUGCAUAUGCCAUCAUGUU